UAAACAGAGUUGCAGCCUGCUUGAUAGAAAUCGAUAACCAGAGAGAGAGAGUGUGUGUUCGGAAUAUUCCGAGUUUUCAGGAAAAGGUUUUAAGGUUUAAGGAGGAAUUCAGUGUUUGUUUGGUCAUGCCGUACCGUGUGCGCGAGAAUCUAUUCAUCGGCAACAUCACAGACGCGGCGGAGAUUCUCCAAAAGGGUAGCACUGAGAUCACACACAUACUAUCCGUACUCAGGACGGUGUCGAUAUCGUUUUUCUCUGAAUGGCGUAGCGCUCUUGUUAUCCCCACUAAGGAAAUCAAGAAGGUUCAUGUUGGUGGCUUCGAUGACAGCAGUGGAGGUUCGCUUUCAGAGGACGCUUCCGGUGGCGAUGGGAUUUUGAAGAGUUCCUUGUCGCCUGGAAAGCUUCUGUACUCGAUGGAAUAUGCAGGCAAGGAUUUGAAGUUGGUGAGGAUGGCUGUGCCGGUGAGAGAUAUGGAGAGUGAGGAUUUGUUGGAUCAUUUAGAUGUUUGUUUUGAUUUCAUUGAUCAGAGUCGACAAGAGGGGUCCGUUUUGGUGCAUUGCUUUGCGGGCGUAUCGAGAAGUGCAGCUAUCAUUAUGGCGUAUAUCAUGAGAACGGAGCAUCUAUCUCAAGAAGCUGCACUUGUUUCCUUACGGCAAAGCUGUGAGUUCGUUUGCCCCAAUGAUGGUUUUCUAGAUCAGUUAAAAAUGUAUGAGGAGAUGGGCUUCAAGGUUGAUCACACAAGCCCCAUAUACAAGCGCUUUUGUUUGAAAGUAUUGGGUGAAUCUUACCACCGUGGGGAGAAGAUAGACACUUCUAAAUUUGGGGCAGAUCCUGGCUUGUCUACCGAAGUUUCUUCAGAAGGGAAAGUACCUUCAGAUGUAGGAAAUAAUUGUACUUCUUCAUACCGCUGCAAGAAAUGCCGAAGAGUUGUUGCCUUGCAGGAGAAUGUUGUAGAUCACAUUCCAGGUGAAGGCGAGACAUCCUUCGAGUGGCACAAGCGCAAAAGUGGAAACCCAUUUAUCAAAUCUGAUGAGUCUGAAUGUUCAUCCAUUUUUGUUGAGCCUCUGCGAUGGAUGACAGCAGUUGAAGAAGGUGCACUGGAGGGCAAGUUGUCUUGUGCUCAUUGUGGAGCCCGGUUGGGUUACUUCAACUGGUCGGGCAUCCAAUGCAGUUGUGGGAGCUGGAUCACUCCAGCCUUUCAGCUCCAUAAAAGCCGUGUGGACAUCAGCACUGUCUAAUAUUUGUCAGGCAAAGCCUUUCAGCUAAUUCUCCAACCAACAAAGUGCCCAGCAUCUUCCCAGCAAUAAUCUUUGAAACUCAGCUAUCGCUCAAAAUAAAGUAUAUACCUUCCAACUCAACCUGAAGUACAGGAGAAACGGAGUCCUC